UCUCCGGGCCCGCAGGUGUCGACCCGUCGGUCCCGUUUACGCGUCUCCGCUACGGUUCCGCGGAAACUAACCUCGUAUUUCGUCCCACCUGCCGCGAUCGAUUAUCACUCUCGCCGAGGUGUCGAGUCGAUAGAGAUUCUCGAAGAGUCGGGCCCGUGGUUCCGUCCUCGCGAGUUUUCCCCGGCUCGCGAACGGCCUCUCCCCUACCGCGGGCCGCCGCUUGGGGGCAGAUGCGUCCGUCGGCGCCGGCGGCGGCAGCGGCAGCGGUGGCGGCGGCGGCGGCUGACUAGAGGCGCGAUGGAUUGCCCCUCCGAAACCUCAAAGAAUCAUUCGCAACCCUGGUAAACACAUGUACCGUAUUUGGGUUUGUUAAGACGCUGCCAAGAGGAUGAGAGAGAGGCAGAGGCUGCACAAACGUUUUAGAAAGGAAGAGGAUGUAGUAACACGCAAUGGUGACAUCCAAUGGUGUUUCUCGCAAGUUAAGGGAACCCUGGAGGAUGAUGUCACCGAAGCCGACAUAAUCUCUUGUGUGGAGUUUAACCAUGACGGUGACCUCCUCGCAACGGGGGACAAGGGCGGGCGCGUUGUUAUUUUUCAGAGGGAUCCUAUUAGUAAAAACAGUAUACCGCGACGAGGCGAAUAUAACGUGUACAGCACCUUCCAAAGCCACGAGCCAGAGUUCGAUUACCUGAAGUCGCUGGAGAUCGAGGAGAAGAUCAACAAGAUCAGAUGGCUCAAGCGAAAGAAUCCUGCCCACUUCCUGCUCUCCACGAACGACAAGACGAUCAAGCUCUGGAAAGUUAGCGAACGAGACAAAAAGGUCGAGGGGUACAAUACGAAGGAGGAGAAUGGGACGAUUCGGGACCCCGCCUGUAUCACUGCCUUGAGGGUACCCACCAUAAAACCCAUGGAGCUGACGGUGGAGGCUUCGCCGAGGAGAAUAUUCGCCAAUGCGCACACCUACCAUAUAAACAGUAUAAGCGUCAACAGCGACCAGGAGACGUAUCUCAGCGCUGACGACCUUAGAAUCAAUCUCUGGCACCUCGAGAUCACCGACCAGAGUUUUAACAUAGUAGACAUUAAGCCGACCAACAUGGAGGAGCUGACGGAGGUGAUAACCGCUGCCGAGUUCCACCCGGUGGAGUGCAACCUCCUGGUGUACAGCAGCAGCAAGGGCACCAUCAGGCUCUGCGACAUGCGCUCGGCCGCGCUUUGCGAUCGGCACAGCAAGCUCUUCGAGGAGCCGGAGGACCCCACCAACAGGAGCUUCUUCUCGGAGAUCAUCUCGAGUAUCAGCGACGUCAAGCUGAGCAACUCGGGGCGCUACAUGAUCAGCAGGGACUACCUCAGCGUCAAGGUCUGGGACCUGCACAUGGAGACCAAGCCGAUCGAGUGCUACCCUGUCCAUGAGUAUCUCAGGUCGAAGCUGUGCUCGCUUUACGAGAACGACUGCAUCUUCGACAAGUUCGAGUGCUGCUGGAGCGGCAACGACUCCGCCAUUAUGACGGGCUCCUACAACAACUUCUUCCGGGUGUUCGAUCGCUCGACCAAGCGCGACCUGACCCUCGAGGCCGCGAGGGACAUCGCCAAGCCGAAGACCCUCCUGAAGCCGCGCAAAGUCUGCACCGGUGGUAAGCGCAAGAAGGACGAGAUCAGCGUCGACUGUCUGGACUUCAACAAGAAGAUCCUCCACACCGCUUGGCAUCCCUCCGAGAACGUGGUGGCCGUAGCAGCUACAAAUAACCUCUUUCUGUUCCAAGACAAGCUCUAGCACAUCUGUAUGCAGAUAAUACAACGAUACAUACUGACGUGAGCGUGGCACGCGAGGAUGUCCCCCGAGAACGUUGGCGGAGGAAUCGUGUGCCUCGAGGAAGGCUUUAGACUUGAAUUUUAGUCGAAGCUCACCCGGGAAGGUUGGACCGACCUAGGAGGUGGCGAAAGUCGCCGGGCACCGUCCACAGGGGGAGGCACCACCGCCACCAGGCGCAACAACCGAGAAAGAGAGAAAGAGAGAGAUCUUCGUCGACAAGAGAGGCAUAUAGAUAUAUAUAGAUAUAUAUAUUUACCGCGUAACUCGCUCGCGCAUCCACGGCCACUUAUACCUUGUGUAUAUAUACAACGCGUAGGAGGGAGGAGGAGGAGAAAAGAGUCGAACCCGACAUUCGUCGCAUUUUAUACGAUUUUCUAGAGGAGACGCGAAACGGCCGCGCUAGUAGCGGUCUACUCGGUGGAUUUCGUUUCUUUCUUCCUUCUUUUUUUUUUUUCUUUCCUUUCCUUUUAGUGGAGGCGAUCGAAACAUCAAACGCGAGAAACAGUGCUAACCUGGGAAUCCGAGGACGCGAUGAACACACUUAUAGGGAAAUACUUUGCGAAUCACUUUGUGGGAGAAUUUCGAGAAGUGGGGACGAAAAGGGCCGAGACCGUUCCGUCGGAUCGCCAGGACUCGGUCGUUUAUUAUUAAUUAUUAAGCAUUAAUUAGUAACUUCUUUUGCGACUCGUAUUCAGUUUGAUCGUUGGCGGUUCGUAUCGUGAUUAGCCCUUUUUGUACACGGUUCUUGGAGUUGGGAGGGAAACUUAAGGAGGAAAGAAAGGGGAACCAGAAGUGCCGAAUUCAACUCGAGCGCUUGAAGAUUGUUAAUUAUUAAUUUUUCACGGCCUUCAUCCGUCUAGAUUUCGUUCCUCCGGGACAGUACUAUGCUUGGCCCUUUCCGUACAUCCGCCGUGGCUUCUCAAAAUAGGAAGAAAUGUAGGGAAAAAAAAAUGAGAAAAAUGAUAAAAAAAAUAUGAAACCAUAAGGGCCGUAUUCGAUUCGCCAUGGGAGGUUAUUAAUUAUUAAUUUUGUCGCGACUCGAUUAAAUAGGUUUAGGGUUGUGUCCUUGGGAGCGGAGGGUGCGUGCAUUACGCAGGACACCCGGUCGUCUCAUUUUCCGUGCACUUGUCUCUCUCCAGUCCGGUAUAUUAAAUCAUGCUAAGAGCUCUUGGCCUCGCGCGCGCGCUGUAAUUUGUAUAAUGUUAGAUUAACACCGAACCCAUGUGUUGGCGGCUAUAUAUGUAUAAUCAGUUAGACUCCUCAAAAUAAUGAUCUGACGCUGUUGACCAUC